AUGGCAUUUGGCUUCUCCGUUUUGUUCCUUCCCGGCCUGAACGCUGGGCGAAGCUGCGCUCGCUUGCGCGACGGCUUCUCCUGCGUCGCCAACCCGGAGUGCGGCUGGUGCGCGCACAAAUUCUCCUGCGUGCCUGGCAACGAGAGCGGCCCGCUCUCGAGUUUGCGCUGCGACGGCAACUCGAGCGAUGUGGAGCUGCAUCGCGCCAAGGUGCUCGACAUGAACUACCGGGUACCGCACGUCGAGGGCUGCACCAACGAAGAUCGGUCCAAGUGUGCGCGCUACCACGGGCCGCUGUACACCUAUACUGCCGACGAGCUGAACGCGACGGGAUACCGCGGCGUCAACUACACGUACAGCGCGCCGGAGAUCUGGGACGUGCUGUGCGAGGCGGGCGGGAUGCGCUCCUCGGCCAACUCCACCAAGGGGAGCGGGCACACGCCCUACUGGACGUCGCAGGCGCGCGAGUCCGCGACACAAGCCUCGACGUCGCCUCCCGGCCUGAUCCCCGCCUGCGACUGCCCCGACGGGCGUGCGGGCAUCACCUGCGGCGGCUGCAACGCCGACGCGGGCUGCGGCGCGGGGGAGGAGUGCCGCCGCUCCUUCUCGCUGGGCAGGGGCGGCAACAUCUCUUGCGAGAUCGAGGAGAUGGUGCCCGACUACAUGAAGCUGAUGACGCAGUGGUACAACGCCUCUGGCACGAGAGUGCUCUUCACGGGCGAGGAGACGAGGGCGAGCGACAUCGCCUGCCCGGCGCAAGUGGAGGGGGAGGUGUCCUUCCCGUGGUCCGAGGGGGACCGCUGCUUCGAGUGGCAGAGCAGCGCGGAGCCGGAGAGCACGACCUCGCACUACCAGAACAACGGCUGGGCGAGGUACGCCGAGUGCAACCUGAUCCGCGCUCAGCUCACUCCGCCCGUCCACGUCAUCUGCAGAGGGCGGAGCGGGCAGCCCCUCCCGCCCCGCGCCUCCUCGCCGUGUGUCGUCCGGCUGCCCGUCCGGAGCCUCUCCUUCCGCCUCACCUGCCAGCUGCAGGGCGAGUUCGCCCCUCCGGCGUCGCACCGCCGGACUCCGUCGGGCGUGCCGCUCCUCGCCGAUGUGCAGGCGGCCGCCGCCGCGCGCGAGUGUCCGCCCGCCCGCACGGCCGCAGCAGGCCCCGCCGCCUCUGGCUCCGCGCUCAGCUGGAGCGGCGUCGCGUACGACGUGGGGCGGAAGCGGAUCCUCGAGCCGAACUCGCACCGGCUCUGCCCGGGCCUCUCUUGCCUCAUCGGCCCGUCGGGCGCCGGCAAGUCCUCGCUGCUCGGUAUCCUCGCCGGCCGCAAGUCGCGCGGCCGGCUCCGAGGCACGGUCGCGCUGGGCGGCGUCGGGUACGUCACACAGGACGACGUGUUGCCCGGCACUUCGACCGUGGCGGAGCACCUGCACUUCCACGCCCGCGCCUCCUCCCUCAUCGGAGACGCGCACAUGCGCGGCCUCUCUGGCGGGGAGCGGCGCCGCGUCUCGGUGGCGGUCGAGCUCAUCGCUAUCCACGGCAGCCCUCGCAGCGUGCUGCUGACAGGCAGCCCGCGCGGCGUGCUGCUGAUGGACGAGCCGCUCUCCGGCCUCGACUCGACCAACGCGCGGCUCGUCGUCGCCGCCCUCUGCGAUUUGGUCGGCGUGGCCCUCCCCGCCAACGACGCGGCCGCCCCGCCGCCCGCCGCUCUAGCCGAGCCGGCGGCCGGCGGGGAGGGCGGCGCCGCGGGCGGCCGAGUCUGCGCUUGCCCGACCAUCCUCCUCUCGGUGCACCAGCCGACGUACCGCUUCCUCGAGGCGAUGACUGGCCUCGUGGCGAUGGCGGCGGGCGGGCGGCUCCUGUACGGCGGCCCGUGGUUCGACGCAGACGGCGCUUCGCCCCGGCUGGCCCAGAUCUCGCCCAACCCCGCGGAGGCGCUGCUCGACGCGCUUGCGGACCCGAGCGGCGCGAUGGUGCUCAAGAUCGAGGCGCUGCUGCGGGCGGAGGCAGGCAAGGCGACCCCGCCGGAAGAGAUCGCGGAGCCCGCCGCCGAGGCGGGCGGCUGGCGCGGCCUCCUCGUGCGCGCCGCGCGCCGCGAGUGCGCGCCCGUCUCGUUCGCGAUGCAGCUCGACUCGCUCUCUGCGCGCCAUUGCCGCCUGGCGUUGCGGCACCCGAUGCUGAUCUGGGUCAACCUCGUGUCGACGCUGGUGCUCGCCGUGCUUGCGGGGUUCGCCUUUUGGCAGACGGGCAAGAACAACGCCCUCGACUCGGGCGUGCUGCAGCGGAUCGGGCUCCUCUUCUUCCUCAUGCUGGUCUUCAUGCUCACCUCCCUCAUCAACAUCCAGCUGUGGCACUCGGAGCGGCUUCUCUACUUCCAGGCGAGACCCGCCGAGACCUGGCCGAGAUCUGGCCGAGAGAUAGACGGCUGCUACAGUGCCCACACCCUUCCUCUCAUCCUGUUCUCACUUGAGUCGUCCGCCGGCUGCUACGGCCCGCUCGGCUACGUCGCCUCAAAGUUCCUCUUCGACGCGCUGCCACUGCGCGUGGUGCCGUCGCUGCUCUGCGCGGCGAUCGUCUACCCGAUGGCGGGGCUACACUCGAGCGCGCCGCUCGGGGCCGCCCACUCCGCCACCGGCCCGCCGGCGGCGCUCAUGUUUGCGCUCGGGCUCUCGCUCGCCAACUUGGUUGGCUACUCGCUCGCCUCGGCCAUCGGGAUCGCGUGCCGCUCGCCCUCGGCCGGCAUGCAGCUCGGCGCGAUGCUCGCGCUCUACUCCUUCCUCUUCUGCGGCCUCCUCGUCAACAAGGCGACGCUCGAGAGGAUGGGCGAGCACCUCGCACAAUCGGGCAGCGCGGCGCUCGGCGGGCUCGUGCGCGCGCUGCCGGCGACCUCCUUCAUGUUCCGCUUCCUCGAGAUGGUUCUCGUCAACGAGCUCGGCACCAUCGGCGCGCCGAUGGUCGACAUCGAGCAGCGCGCCAUUCCGGGCUCGCCGCACUACCCCGCGGUGCACGUGCCCGGCCCGUACAUCCUCGACUUCCUCGGGUACAACCACGGCGACGAGGGCGCCGCCGGCUGCUGGCUCGACAUGCCGUGCGCCGCGUGGGCCGACCUGCAGGCGCUCGUGCUGUGGCUCGUGGCCGGGCAGGCCUCCUGCUACCUGCUGCUCCGCUUCUUUGUGAGCGACCCGCACUGA